GUAAGAUACUGUAUAUGGCCCAUGUUACAUACUCCGGUACAGUAGGUGGCGGUAUGCACCUUUUCAAGUCAUGGUUGCAACCCGCCAUUAAACUAAAAGAAGAAGAAGAAGAAGACGACGAAGAAGACACCAAUGACGUCACAGGUGUAGCAAAAUGGCGGUUGAUUUGACUCUUCGAUUUAGACGCCUCAACAGUCAAACGCGAAGUUUUCGUGAAAGUUUGCAGGAUAAUGUAGGUUUCUCAGGCCCCUUUGGUGCCACUCAGCUGUGGCACAACAUCAUCCACCACCUGCACAGCCAGGUGGAGGUGCGCCGCCACCGAAGGCACCUGUGCGUCCAUGCCGAGAGCUUCACUGGCUCGGACGCCGUCGACGCUGUCCUCAGCUACCUGAUGCAGAACGCUGCCUUUUGCGCAAGUGACGUCUCCCGUCUCAAAGCCGCUCGCCUCUGCCAGGCCCUGAUGGAGGCCAAGGUGUUUGAGCCGGUGGGCGCCAAGCUCUUUCGCCGCGACAAGGAAGUGGCGUUCGAGGACAGCGGUGGAAGCCUUUACCGUUUCCUGGAGUCUAAAUCCGACAUGACGCCGGACGUCAGCAGCGACGCAGAAAACCAAACAAAAGAGCUGACAAUGAAGAAGAGCAAGCACGCCAGGUUGAAUGACAUGCACAUGAUCGCCAAUCCUCUAGCUGUGGGAUUAUCUGACAAGAAGGUGGAGACGUUGCUGAGGUCCCUCAAUUUGCCGCCUUCAACCACUACGUCCACUACCUUUCUUCCCAAAACCGUGGUGGAGGAGGUGUGGAAGCAGCAGACCUUGCUGCAGCUGCUGCAUAUAGUGGAGCUGCCCGUGCUGGACAGCAUCCUGGCUUCACCAGCCAAGAGGGGGAGGCCUCCACUGGGCAAUCAGUACCUGGUUAUUCCCAAUACCUACCUGGAGAGAGAGCUGCCAGACACCCUCAAUCUACCCCUGUGGGAUGGGUGGCUGUCAGCAGCCUUAGACUGCCUGGAGCUGUUCCCAGACCAGCUGAUCGUGGUUGCAGGGGAGCAGCUUCGGCGUCAAGAUGGCGUGGAGACGUCAGAGCAAGCGGCGAGCCAAAAGAGAGUCCUCUUCGACACCAUCGCCAAGUACUACAGCGGACGGGAAAAGGCUCCAAUUCUCUCAGGACUCUACCUGGACGUAUAUGUUGCCAUACUUAAGCUGCUGGAAGAAGCCAAGGUGCGGGACGCCAUCAGAGCGUCUCAACUGUGUCUCCGUCUCCUGCAGACGAGCUCGCGGGACGAGCUCAGACGUCUUUUAGCCUACAUGGCUGCGGCGGCUCGCCCGCACGCCUGCCGCCUACAAAGACAGAGCAAUAACCGCAUGGUGGUCAGCCGCACUUUCCAGAAGGCCAUCGUCCAUGAUGCUGAACUCACUAAAUCCCAGAGCGAGACCUUGGUGCUGUUUUUCAUGGACAACCACACAGAUCUCUUUAAGACCCCUACGUCCCUCAUUGAAGCUGUCCACAGCACACUAAGGAGCAUGCAGGAGGGUAAAGAUGCCGACUCCAUUGCCACGUUCACCUUCUGCAAGGAGGUGACGCCGCAGCAGUACCGGGAGCAGUGCGAGGAUGCCACGCUGGAUGGUCUCAAGCAUCUCCUGCGGGACAUCUCCUCCAUCAGCGGCGUGACUGCUAAGGAGAGGAGGAGGCUCCUCAAGGAGUUUGAGAGGCAUCACCCCGUGGUCUUCCUCCAGCAUCUCUCCAGCGCCUUCUAAACACAGCACUAUUGGAGUCGGUACUCUGCCGGUGGCAACUUUAUGGCUCUUAAAAUAUCACUUUUACUGGUUCUAUUGAGAUUUUUGUCAAAUUCUAAAGGAGCUGUUUCGAAGCAACAGCUCAAGUAGACCCCAAUGAUGAGCAACAUAUAUGGACCAAUGAGGGAAAGGCUUCUUGAGGCGUCAUCUGUACUU